CUGGAGAGUUUGUGAAAAGUUGUGAGGCUUGCCGGAGGAAGUGGGGAGAGGACUUGGGGCAGCGCGGCAGGCGGAAGGCUGAGAGGUCCCAAGUGAGCCCUGGGGGUCCCCGUGGCUGGAGAGGAGCCGAGCGCCUGCAUGAAAGCAGCGACCUGCUGGGAAGUUCGCUCCUACCUGCGCCGGGAACUGAAGUUGCGGAUCCCGCAGCCCUUCCUCUGCGUGGUGACUCCGGUGGCCGCGUCUGCGCCCUACCCCCGAGGAUCCGGAUGGCUGUGAGGUGGACUUGGGCAGGCAAAAGCUGCCUGCUGCUGGCGCUUUUAACUGUGGCCUAUAUCCUGGUGGAACUCUCGGUCUCUACUUUCCAUGCCUCCCCAGGAGCUGGCCUUGCCUGGGAGCGGGGUCCAAGGCAGCUCUCAGACCCGGAGAACAAGGCAGUGGAUUUGUCUCGACCGCUUUAUGAGAAGCCCCCUGCAGAUUCCCAUGCACUUGGGGAGUGGGGGAAAGCCAGCAAACUCCAGCUCAACGAGGCUGAACUGAAGCAGCAAGAGGAACUCAUUGAGAGAUAUGCCAUUAACAUUUACCUCAGUGACAGGAUUUCCCUGCACCGCCACAUAGAGGAUAGUAGAAUGUACGAAUGUAAAUCCAAGAGUUUUAACUAUAGGAGACUUCCCACCACCUCCGUUAUCAUUGCUUUCUAUAACGAAGCCUGGUCGACUUUGCUCCGCACCAUCCACAGUGUUUUAGAAACUUCUCCUGCAGUUCUUUUGAAGGAGAUCAUCUUAGUCGAUGACUUGAGUGACAGAGUUUAUUUGAAGGCACAACUUGAAACUUAUAUCAGCAAUCUCGAUAGAGUUCGCUUGAUUAGAACGAAUAAGCGGGAGGGGCUGGUUAGGGCCCGCCUGAUUGGGGCCACUUUUGCCACUGGGGAUGUUCUUACUUUCCUGGAUUGUCACUGUGAGUGUAAUUCUGGUUGGUUGGAGCCACUUUUGGAAAGGAUUGGUCAAGAUGAAACAGCAGUUGUUUGUCCUGUUAUAGACACCAUUGAUUGGAAUACUUUUGAAUUCUAUAUGCAGACUGGAGAACCCAUGAUUGGCGGAUUUGACUGGCGCUUAACGUUUCAGUGGCAUUCUGUCCCCAAACAUGAAAGGGACAGGCGGAAAUCGAGAAUUGACCCAAUCAGAUCGCCCACCAUGGCUGGAGGACUGUUUGCCGUCAGCAAGAAAUAUUUUGAGUACCUUGGAACAUAUGACACUGGAAUGGAAGUGUGGGGAGGUGAAAACCUGGAGCUGUCUUUUCGGGUGUGGCAGUGUGGAGGUAAAUUGGAGAUCCAUCCGUGUUCCCACGUGGGCCACGUAUUCCCCAAGCGGGCACCAUAUGCUCGGCCCAAUUUCCUGCAGAAUACUGCUCGGGCAGCGGAAGUGUGGAUGGAUGAGUACAAAGAGCAUUUCUACAAUCGAAACCCUCCAGCAAGGAAAGAAGCCUAUGGCGAUAUUUCCGAAAGAAAAUUACUACGCGAAAGGCUGAAGUGCAAGAGCUUUGACUGGUAUUUGAAAAAUGUGUUUUCAAAUUUACACGUUCCAGAGGAUAGGCCAGGCUGGCACGGAGCUAUUCGCAGUAUGGGGAUCUCUUCUGAAUGUUUAGAUUAUAAUUCCCCUGACAACAACCCCACAGGUGCUAACCUUUCACUAUUUGGAUGCCAUGGUCAAGGAGGCAAUCAAUUCUUUGAAUAUACUUCAAACAAAGAAAUAAGGUUUAAUUCUGUGACAGAGUUAUGUGCAGAGGUUCCUGAGCAAAAAAAUCAUGUCGGAAUGCAACAUUGCCCAAAAGAUGGGUUCCCUAUUCCAGCGAACAUUAUUUGGCAUUUUAAAGAAGAUGGAACCAUUUUUCAUCCACACUCAAGACUGUGUCUUAGUGCUUAUCGGACACCAGAGGGCCAACCUAAUGUCCAGAUGAGAACUUGUAAUGCUCUAGAUAAAAAUCAAAUCUGGAAGUUUGAGAACUAGAAGAGCACAAUAGCACUUUGGUCCUGAGCUGAGGAUAUAUUCAGGGGAGUCAGAGCCUCACUGAAGAUUAUAUUUUAUCAGCAAUCACCCAGUGGUCAUUUGCGAGAGCGCUGUAUAAUCUGUGGUUCAUUUUGGUGUAGAAUACUGAAACUGGGUGCCCAGAGAGCUGUUGUUUAAUAUUUCAAAGUGCCUUAUAGGUUGCUUUAUUUUAAAGCUCCGUCAAUAUGGUUUUUUACUUCUCCAUAAAGUGGACUGUGAAUUGAAAUACACAAAACAUUUAAGUGCCAGACUUAAUGUUAAAGAAUGUAAAAGUUCAAGCAAAAUGAGGGAUGAUUUAUGUUGGAUGGUUAAACUCUCUGCACGUCCCUUUUUUAAACAAAACUCAUGAGUGCGCAGUUUAGAACUAUUGCUGUUUGGAUUGUACAUAGAAUUUUAAUUUUAGCCGGGACAUUAAAUUUUAGGUUUUGUUUAUUUUUUUAUUCUAGUUUUUCCUUUAAUCAAAUGGAAAUCAAAGAAAGUUGAUUUUUAAGGAGAGAGGCCUGGUUUAGAUAUAUAUGGUAUUAGAAGAGGCCAUUAGUUUGAAUGUGAGUUGCGAGGUCUUUCCAAUACAUAGGAAUCUCAGAAAAAUAUACUGAUACCUGAAUGAAAUGGGAUCUCUACAUUCCACACUUUGUAAACUUGGAGCUACUGGACUUAACUAAUCUAUACUGAUACCUCGAAUCACUCUGAUUUUGUAAGCUGUCCUGUCUGUGAACUUGUUUGUGUGUUAAGGCAUUUUCUGAUUGCACUCCCUUAAGUUGUGAAUGUACUAGAGAGACUCAUUCAGAAUACUGUACUUCCUUCCUUUUGUUAAUGCUUAAUCACUUAAAGUAAAUACAGCCCAGGCCUCUGAAGUUUAACCCAACUGUGUUUACUGAAACGUGUGAAACUGAAAGUGGGUCUGGUUUUUAUAAAGGCUGCAGAACUCUUCCACAGAGUUCUUGUUGAUAAGGGCAUUUAAGGAUUUAUCUUAAGAAAAUAAGGAAAAAAGACUCCUCCACAAUUGUGAACGCUGCCUUCCAGCUUGUUUUCAGCACCUACCACCGAGCCUGGCACUCAGGCAGCUUUCAGGAAGUAGGAGGAUGAAUAACUGAGUGAAUAAAUGAAUGGCUCAGCCAAGGAAUGUGACUUUGGUCAAGUCUUUUGACCAAAUGACUCUGUUUGUGCCUCAGUUUUCUUAUCUGUAAAAGGUGGGUGCUGGAUUAGAUCUUGACAAUCCCGUUCAGCUCUGAAACGUUAUGAUUGUACGUUACACCCUUCUCAGAUUCAGUCGUUGUGCAAUCUUUACAAGACUUUAUCUCCUCACUUUUAACACAGGUAAUAACACAGGUAAUGUUGUUGAGCAACAUUCAAUCCAGUUAUGAAGCUGGAAAAGAAAUGGUUUUAAAACUCAAGUGAGCUGAGCUCACUUAAAGUGGUUUAUUCUGAAUUGAAUGGAAAGUUGUUGUGGUCAGUGUUUGUAUUAAUUUCAUUUUGACAAUUGAUGAACCAAGUUUUGUUUUUAUCUUUAAUCUUUCAGACUCUAAAAAUAAUCUGUCCUUUGGGAUAAGAAUAUAAAUAUUUCCCAAACUAAAUUAUUUGACAAGUAAACCUACUUAAACAAGAGUAUUUUUAGUGGUUUUAUUCGAAUGUUAUAUCCAGAAAUGACAGGCUAAAUUUAGAAUUAAAUCUCAAUUAGUUCACAGUAUUCAUAAGUAGUUUUCUGUGUCUACUCAAAGACUUAGAGAGUAGGAACGUCACAAAAUCUGAAUUCAAGAAAAAUUUUUAGGCUAGCCAUUUCAAAAAGUAAAAUUGCUGUGUAUCUUGAAUAUUUUGUUUUUUAUUUCUUAAAAUUAAAAUGUGUUAAUAAAUUUCUGCAAGUUAUCUGCCGCUGUAAGGUUUAUCAAAGAAUUGUUCAGAUUUCAUGUGCAAUGUGCAUGGCCCUGGGUGUGAUUUAAGGAGAGUUUAUCAUGCUCCUAAUUUUACCAAAGGGCUGAGUGACAACAGCUAUUUUCCUAAACCCACCCUCUUCCCUUGCUCAGUCUGCCCUUUUGUAAAAUUAAAUCUUCCUUUCUUUUUAAAUUUAUUUGUGUUGUUCUUCUUAGCCCACUAUCAAGUGGGAGAACUAAAAUCGAUAUAUUCUGGAAGUACUUAUUGGAAUUAUUUUUAUUCUAGUAUCUUGCUGCUCAUAUCAAAAGGGAAAGAGAACAUUGAAAAGUAAAGUAGUACAUAAUUCUUUAUUUACUUUUUGUCUGAAUUGCAACGUGUUACCCAUUAAUCUUUUUGAAAGAAAUUUUAGGCCAGUGCUUUAUUUAUAUCAAUAAUUCGAAACAGGCUGUUUAUUCCUCACAAUAGUGUAGGUAACAGAAGAAUCACUUUCACAUUUUCACAUAUAGGCAUUUCCAAUUUAAUUUCAAAAACACUAAAAAUACAAAUAAAAUAUAUUUUGAUGCCCUACUUCUAAUUUAUUGGUACCAAAGGUUUCUUUUACUGUAGGCAAUUAAAAGUUGACUUUUUAAGUUAAUGUACUUGCUUGAUAACAGUUUUAGUAAAAUAGUUGGUAGACAAGAGGUUUCAACUUUAAAUGAUCACCACUAUGUCAUUUAGUUUCCAGUUCUAUGAAUAGUUUCACUAGUCAUUUUUAGAAGUCAUUAAAAAAAAUAAGCUAGUCGUCUGCAGGAUCUCUAUAACUCAAAAUACCUUGUUUGUAAGGGAGAAUUUGUCUACUUACCCAGUGGUAGGCUCAUGAGUGUUCAUUAUAUGUUGGCAGAUCAAACUUCCCUAGGUUGAAGACAAAGGAUUGUUUUUAAGUUGGGUAGUCCUAUUUGGUUUAGGGUCUCAGUUUUAAGUAAUAAACUACUUAGUUUUGACUUGUCUUUUUGAAUUGCUGUUUUAAUAAUAUUUUUAAAUGAGCACAGAGAAUGUUGAGGUUCAGAUUAAUCUCUUUUGAAUGAAUGUUUUUCUGUAUUGUGAGCGGUUUCCAUCCAUUUUUCCUUUUGUUAAUGGUAUUUGCAAUAUUGAUUAAGAUAUAUAAAAUAAAAUGUGUGCCUAAUUAUUUUUGCAAAUGGAUUCUGAUGAUUUUAGUCUAUGGGGUCACUGUUUCUGUGUACAUAUUUGUUGAUGGGGAACAGAAGUAAGUUAAGCUUGUAAUUCUUUAACUUAUUUGAAAAUGAGGACAGUAGAAUAUUAAAAAGUCAUGUUU